UGUAAGGUAGCUUGUUGUAAAAUCAUCAAUCAGAAGCAUUGCCAUCAUCUUUCUUGACUCACAGCCUCAAUUAAAUCCCCCAUUCUCAAUCGCCCGUUCAAUCAUGGCCUCUUCAAUCUCUCAUCAAGCUGCCGCCGUGGUGCCUACGUCCGUUCAGGCUGUAUCCAAUGCUUCCGACACAGCAACCGGAAGCCAAAAGGCCACGGAGUAUUGGUCCAACUACUUCCGCGCCGUCUUGAAGCCUUUGUUUGAGUCGGUAGGAGGCUACACGCCCUCCGAACAAGAGGCGCAAAUCCAGUUUCUCAACGAUCAUGUAGCACCUGUUCUGGGACCUGUUCCAAGCGAGCCUUUUGACGCAUUCAACAUGCCAUACAACUGUUCCCCUCUGGAGACCAGCAUCAACUUCACCACAAAAGGUGUUCCCAAGGCUCGCGUCUGGAUGAAUCUCGGGAAGCCUCUGGAUCAGACUCGUUUUCUCCCCGGAGUUGCCGAAAAGGACAAGGAAGUACUCCAGAGCAUCGCUCGAGCCACGGGUGCCGACACACAAUGGAUGGACUGCCUGAUGAAGACACUGUUCCUGACCCCGGCACAAAUGGAAGCUGUCAGAGCUCGCAACGGUCCGGUGUGGCCUUUCAGUCUCUUCUGCUUCGACUUCGACGGUGCAGACAGAACAAUGAGAGCGUACUUCCCGGCUGUUCCCAGAGGGGGACGCACCCGAACGGAGGUUUGCUUGGACGCCAUUGAGAAGCUGGAACCGGCUGGAGAUAAGCUAAAGCCGGCUCUGAACCACGUCCUUGGAUAUCUUGGCAACAACAAAUAUGAGGCUGCACUUCACAUGCUUGGCGUUGACCUAGUUGACCCUGAGCGAGCCCGUCUCAAGGUUUACCUGGAUGUCAACAGCAACUCCUGGAACGCCGCACGUGAUGUCAUGACACUGGGUGGACGCUUGAACGAUGAAGUCACCUUGAAGGGUGUUGAGAUCCUGCGAUCGAUUUGGCCCUUGUUGCGCGAUGAGCCGGAAAGCACUGACGACGACUUUUCCAAGCCUCCAGUCAUCCCCUCAGUGUCUUUCCCUGGCCAACAGUACAGCAUUGAGAUUACGGCUGGCAACUCCAUCCCCGAGAUCAAGAUCUAUGCCCCUUUGAUGCAGUUCACGAAAACUACGCAAAGGGCUGAGCAAAACAUGUACAAGAUCCUCCAGAAGCUGAACCAUCCAUGGGGCUCCAACGGGAAGCUUGAGACGGCUAUGAAGGCCAUGUGUGGAGAGGAGAUGGUUCGCGGCCUUGGAGUUGUGACGUUUUCGUACUCGGAGAAGAAGGGCGCUUACACAACAUUCUACUUCUCGCCAUUGACCAGCUACGACGACAAAGUCCAGUUCAACUACCGAGACCUGAGCAAGGCCUGAAUUUGUCUGAUAUUGGGCAUGUAGCUUUUACAAGGUCCAUGUAGUCUAAGACUUGGGUUGUGUCCAUAAUUCCAUUCUUAAGGCUCAUUCGAGUACCAUGUGUUUUCCGGCUGGCUUCCUAUUGAGCCCUCUUAGCCUUUUAUGUCAUACUGUUCAAGUUUUAGAUGCGUCCCUAUCAGUCCCAUGUUAGUGUCUACAGAUUGAAAGUAAAAUAAACAGCAGAGAGUAGUACAUAGCACUGUGCUUCUUUCAAACGUAUGGGACAUUAAUGGUUUCCUGCAG